UGUCACAAGAACAUUCAUAAAAGAUUACAGAAUAUGGUAAUGUAUUCCAAACAGGUAGGGGUGGAGCAGCUGAGUGACUAUGAAAAGCUUGUUAAACGCUAUAGAAACUGGUUUCAGACUAGCCAUCAGCAACAGUCUCAACGGGACAGCAGUUUAAAGCCAAGCCAAAGACAGUAUGAGUGCUGACGGAACUGGGACUCCCCCUCCGUAUACUAUACCAGUAGAGGAUGGAAAGGGCUCCAAUGUGAAGGUUUACCAUGUGCACACUCCGUUCACCCCACAGAGCUCCACUUAUGGAGCUUCUCAUGCCCAGGUGGCGUCAUCCAGACCUGUUCAGUCUCAGUCAACUGAAGCCAGAAACAAGUAUGUCAGCUACGAGUCAUAUGAACUGGGUCGCAAACCAGCAAUGGCCACCUGCACGUCCUGUCAACAGCAGGUCUUAACCAAUGUCACCUACAAAGUGGGAGUUUAUGCCUGGUUGAUGUGCAUACUCAUAUUCUUUUGUGGGUUUGUUUUGGGCUGCUGUCUGAUCCCGUUUUUUAUGAAGUUUUUCAAAGACGCCUAUCACUCGUGCCCAAGAUGCAAUAAGAUCUUGCAUGUCGAAAAAAAGCGAUGCUGCCACUGAUCUAUAACAAACAUCAGUGGAUGCUGCUCAGUUUAAACACUUCUCACAUUUGUGUGGCACCUUACUCAACUAUAUGAAGGACUGGACUUUCAGACCAACACAGAUGUCAUCUAGUACAAUCAUACUUGUAUAAACUAAUGCUCUGCAACUAUGAAGCUUUUGGUGUUCAUCUGGUUUUAUGCCUAUAACGGACUCAGGGUUAGGGGUUCAGAGGGUCAAGAUUUUUAUGAAACCAAAAAUGUGCACACAUCAUGCAUAACAUGAUGUUAUGUAAAUAUAAUUAAUUUGUUUAAUAAUUGCACCAUUUAAUACAGUUGUUUUUAUCCAAGUCCUAAAAUCAUAUAAACAAAUCAAGCAUUAAGUUAGCCGGUCAUACUUUACAAUUGUGUAUUAUAGUUUGUGUUUACUAACAUGAACAAACAAUAAAUAAUACACUUGUAUCAGUAUUUUUCUCAUAUUUGUAAUGUUAGAAAAUAGUAAUUCGUUGUUAGUUUGUGUUAACCCUUUAAGAUGCACUGCUUGAAAAUAAAGUUUUUGGCUCACAUCUUGUAUUGAAUAAUAUACUGACACAACUCUCAUUUAUAGCAAUAAGCAAUUAAAAUAAUAUUGAUUACCUAUGGAUAAAAGGUCACCGAAGUGAUUAUGAUGCAUGUUAAAGGGUUCACUUAAAAUCUAACUUAUGUGAAUUAAGAUUUUAAUGAUGCAUUGGUAAAUGCUGUACUAUGAUUAAUUAAUAAAUUAUGUACUAGUCUUGUUCAUGUUAGUAAAUACAUUACCGUUAACUAACGAAACCUAGAUUUUUUUUUUUUUUGAUUUAGUUCCUUUUUCUCACUGUUUUAAGAAAUAGAAUUUCCAUUUUCUUAAAAACCCCUCGGAAUAUGAGGUGGCUUUGUUUAAAAGUGUUAUAUAGAUCUGGAAGAGUCAUGAAUAUUACAUGAACUCCAUGGGCAAUUUAAGAAUGCAUGUUUUAUAAUCUAAAUUAAAUGUAAAAGUCAUUGUCCAUUACAUAUUACAAACAAGUCACUGAAAAGCAAUAGGGGCCUUUGAAAUGGUUGAGAAAUCAAAAAGAUUAACUUCAAUGUUUACAUUUUAAAUGACCAUACUGACAAAGCUCAUAUGUUUCUUUUAAGCACAUUUUUACCUCUGUAAAAAAAGUCUCUGUAGAACUCUACAAUAAUGUCUAAAAUACCAUGUGUGAAUCUAAAUGGAGCCGUUGUUACAAUAAAACUGAAAUAUGUCUGUGCAAUACCUUAAAA